AUGCCUCCCGAUUCUAAGACGAAAAUACGCCCGCAGCAGUCCUGCCUCAGAUGUCGCGAGCGCAAAGUGAAGUGCGACCGGUCUAUACCAUGCCACGCCUGCAUAAUUCGCGGCCUCGAAGCAGAAUGCACCUAUCUAACAACAGCUGAAGAUCGCGCCCACAUCAGCCAAUCCGAGAUAAUCAACCAACUACGCCGCGAAGUCGCACAGUUGCGGGGACGUCUAAACCAAAGCCCACGAGAAACCGGUCAUAGCCAAAGCCAAAGUCAGAGCCAGCAAUCGCGUCCGGACCAAAGGGUCGGAUCAUUGUCAGGAAACGGUCAGAGUUGGACACAAUAUACGCCUCCGCCCACGGGCUACAGCUAUGACGGCCAUAGCUAUGCCAAUGGCUCUGGAUAUGCGACCGGCGCUGGCGCUGGAUUUGCCUCCGCGAGAGGUACCCCGGAUACUAGUGAAGCCAGCUGGCGCGGGUCGUCGCCAUCCUCGUCGAUCACAACUAUGACGAACUCUAUAACUGUUACAAGUCCUGAUAGUACGGGAAGUGAGAAUGGAGCUGGAUCGAUGUCCGCUUCGUCACGGUCUGCUUCGGCUUCAGCUUCUGUUUCGUCUUCAGCUUAUCCUAUCGCGACGAGGUAUGCGCCGCAAGUUGCGGAGCUGGAUAGGGCGACUACAGUUGAGUCGCUUGCUUUUGGAAAUACUGUAGAAGAUGCGACAAUGUUCGGUUGUACGGGGGGGACGUCCUUCGUUCCAGGGGAUAUGUCCGGAACAGUCCCAGUCCCGAUGCAGGGUCUCCCUGUAAAUGGGUUACACGCACAAGACGCGAUGUUAGGGAUGCACCAUCCGCCGCUAUAUGGAGCCAAUAGCGAUGAUUAUAUGCUUGACGGAGGCAAAGCACUGCCAUACUUACAACACACUGGCUAUCCCGCGCCCAUAUCAACAGCGACAGCAACACAUUACGGGGAGGAAUAUCCAAUAUCAAAUGAAGAUGACAGGCCUUAUGCAUAUCAUCAUUGGGGGCUAGAUGCAUACGGGAAUCCGAAUCCGAGUCCGAAUCAAGUCCCGCAUACGCAUAUAUACCAAACCCCGUUUCAUUAUUCAACCAUCAACACCUAUCCAACCGAGCCCUUCUCCCUACCAACCCCGAUACCCGUGGCAGGCGAUAUUUCAAGCCAUCCUAACCCUAUUUCCCAGGACCGUCCUUCACCAAGAACCAUCAUGAACUCAAUGCCGAGCUCCUGGAGGGGUGAGGGGAAACAGGAACUGCUGGAAAUCCUGCUAGAAACAAUUGCUAGCUGUGACGAGCAAUGUUUACCCCAGGUGAUUCAGGUCUUGCGGACAAGUCCUUCGCCCGAAGAGGCUGUAUCGGGGGUUUGUUUGGUUCUCGGGAUUGGGAAUGGGCGAUGA